AUGACUUAUCAUUUUAAUAUUUGUAUACAAGAGAUAUUAUUUUCAUGUAUGUUUAAUGAUAAGCUAUAUAGUUUUCAAUGGAGAUUAUCAUUGAAUUUAGUGUCAAAAAGAUGGUUUGAUUUUAUGCGAUGUUCUAUUAUCAAUACUGAUCGUAAGGUUCUCUGCAAUAUUUGGUCAUCCGAUAAGCUGACCGACGUACUGAAACCGGUGAGAGACAUCGAAGGAUGGGUUACUCAUCUACUGGACAGAGAGUACUGUAUGUUAAGACAUGCCAAAACAGUGGUGGUCCAAAUCAAUCGACGCUUCGAACUAUACUAUCUCCAAAAGUGCAGUCGUCUCACCAAAGUCAGCUUUCUCUUUAAAUCGAAUAACCAUAUUGAGCCGCUACUUGAAUUCAUCAACAGCUCCCAAACUCUGACAUCGGUACAACUGAUCUUUGACUACACCGACUCGAUUCUCUGUGCAAUUCUGCUCAAUAGGAAUAUAAGGAAGCUAACCAUCGGCAAGAGUACUCCGCAAACUCUUGAGAAAUCAUUGGAUAACCGACUGGCGAACAACUACAUCAAGAAGUAUCAACAACAGAACGAACCGAAUACAACACUUGUAAAAUUAAAAUUUAAAGACAACCAAUCCGAUCGUACCGGAUCUAACAACAACGAGAAAUACAGGAUCUACAACAAUCCGUUGCAAUAUAUAAAAGGAUUGGUAUAUCUUUCACUCGGUACGUUUCUAGUGCAUCUUAGUCUGGGCAAUUCCAAUCAGGAUUGCAUAGCCUCAGAUUCACUUAGCCAGAUACCAGCUUCACAGUGCUAUCCAUUGGAGGCGUUACUUCAAGAGAGUAACUAUCUAAGUAAGCUAACCAUCGGUAGCACCAUCCGAUACAAACCUAGCGAUGUCAAGCAAAUCGCCACACUACUCGAAUCGAAUUCAACAAUAUAUACAGUGGAUAUCAUGACGGUUGGAGAUCGUCCCAAUUCGAUUCUAUCGCAAAUCAAGAAAUCAGAACAUUUCAAACAAGCUACCACAAAACCAAGUAGGAAAUUAGAGUUUUUACAACAUAAUAUUUUUGAGAGAAAUUGUGAUAUUUCAGCUUCUUGUGAUACCGACAACAACAACCAAGAAGUAUCGACAAAUGAAAAACAUCAAAAGAAUAAAUUACAAAAAGCCAUCAACCUACUUUUGUCUAAAAAAUAA